GCUGUGCUCGUGGGCAGCUCCCAUGGCGGGGCAGCUCCACACACAACGAAUCCACAGCAGCUGCAGCACUGUGCUGCCUGCUGGCACUCCAAAGCCCUGCAGCUCCUGGGAAGGUUCCCCAGCCUGUGGAUGAGGCAGAAAACAAGCAGUGUGGAGAAAUGCCUGUGGUUGCAUCAGUGAUACUUUUCUUUGGCUGCGGGUAUCAUCCCAGUGCCCAUGGGGUGCAUUUCGGGGCUGCCCUGCAUCCCCCCCGCAGUGCUCCUGUUCUGCCCACCAUUCCCACUGCGAUGUUCCCAUCUCCUGCUCCAAAACAGAGUGUUUUGUGCGCCCUAACAGUGAGCUGACCACAGCAGCAGAUUAAUACUUGUUGCUUAACAACCCAUUCAAGUGGAGUAGGAAGUGUUCUGCUACUGUAAGAUGGAAUGUAUCACCAUUUUCUUGAUAGGGAGAGCAACAUUUGUUUGUUCUUUUGUCCGUGCUGAUGUUUCUGUGCUGGGCCUGGGCUGCUCCCAGGGUUCCAUCCCUUCCUGGUGCAGUAAAACCAUUCCUGGCAUCCCCUGCAGCUCUGCCAGCGGCGGCAUUUCCAUCAGUGCCUCUUAUCAAUUGUCAGCAAUUGCUAACUGCCUGCGCGUGCGUUGCUAUCGGCCUCCCCCUGUACCCUUUUCCUCAUUGCUUUCUGUUUUUAUUGCCUCCCCCAGGCCUAGCAGAAUUUCUAGCUCACUGUCUCUUCUGUGAAUGAGGAAACGUUCCUUGCUUUUUAUAAGGGAAAAAAUCAUUUUUAGCCAACUCGGUUAUUGUUCCUCUUCCUGUGUAGGGUGGGGAGCGGGGGAAAGGUCUGGCACUGGGUAGGUGCCGUCUCUCCGCAGUCCUGGCUCUGUGUGCUGUGUGCGUGGCUGCUCCCUGCCAGUGGGGAUGCCAGGGCUGUGUGUCUGUAUCCAGAACCUGUGGUUCUGGGGCCGCUGAGGCUGCUCGGCCCUACUGACACCGGAGCUCCUCGCCAGCCCCCUGCCUCUGCUUCCCUGACCAUGAGUCCGUGGCGCAGCAAAGUGGCCGAGGCAGCAGAGCCAUUCGUGAAUGCUCCAAGCUGCCCGAUGGCUUUUCCUAGAACGGAGCGGUGACACAGAGCUGAGAUCCCCCCCGUCCCCUUGGGGUGGCUCUGGGGGUGCCCAGCGUGGGGUCCCUGCGCGGGGCUGACGAUGUGUCCCCGCAGGUGGUGAGCCAUGGCGGUGUGGAUCCAGGCGCAGCAGCUCCAGGGCGAAGCCCUGCGGCAGAUGCAGGCGCUCUAUGGGCAUCACUUCCCCAUCGAGGUGCGGCACUACCUGUCGCAGUGGAUCGAGAGCCAGGCGUGGGACUCCAUCGACCUCGACAACCCCCAGGAGAACGUGAAGGCGACGCAGCUGCUGGAGGGGCUGAUCCAGGAGCUGCAGAAGAAGGCGGAUCACCAAGUGGGUGAAGAUGGCUUCCUGCUGAAGAUCAAGCUGGGGCAUUACGUCACGCAGCUGCAGAACACGUACGACCGCUGCCCCAUGGAGCUGGUGCGCUGCAUCCGGCACAUCCUGUACCACGAGCAGAGGCUGGUGCGGGAGGCGAACAACAGCCCCUCACCCGCCGGCACUCUGGUGGACGCCAUGUCGCAGAAGCACCUGCAGAUCAACCAGACCUUCGAGGAGCUGCGGCUCAUCACACAGGACUCAGAGAACGAGCUGAAGAAGCUGCAGCAGACACAGGAAUAUUUCAUCAUCCAGUACCAGGAGAACAUGCGCCUGCAAGCCCAGUUCUCCCAGCUCUCCCAGCUGGGUCCCCAGGAGCGCCUCUCACGGGAGACGACGCUGCAGCAGAAGAAGGCGUCGCUGGAGGCCUGGCUGCACCGGGAGGCGCAGACACUACAGCAGUACCGUGUGGAGCUGGCCGAGAAGCACCAGAAGACGCUGCAGCUGCUGCGCAAACAGCAGACGACGAUCCUGGACGAUGAGCUGAUCCAAUGGAAGCGCCGGCAGCAGCUGGCGGGCAACGGCGGCCCCCCCGAGGGCACCCUGGAUGUGCUGCAGACCUGGUGCGAGAAGCUGGCGGAGAUCAUUUGGCAGAACCGGCAGCAGAUCCGACGCGCCGAGCACUUGUGCCAGCAGCUGCCCAUCCCCGGCCCCGUGGAGGAGAUGCUGUCGGAGCUGAACGGCACCAUCACCGACAUCAUCUCCGCCCUGGUCACCAGCACCUUCAUCAUCGAGAAGCAGCCUCCCCAGGUGCUGAAGACACAGACCAAAUUUGCAGCCACCGUGCGGCUCCUGGUGGGGGGGAAGCUGAACGUGCACAUGAACCCCCCCCAGGUGAAGGCCACCAUCAUCAGUGAGCAGCAAGCCAAGGCCCUGCUGAAGAAUGAGAGCACCCGCAAUGAGAGCAGUGGGGAGAUUCUCAACAACUGCUGUGUGAUGGAAUACCACCAGGCCACCGGGACGCUCAGCGCGCACUUCCGCAACAUGUCCCUGAAGCGGAUCAAGCGCUCGGACCGCCGCGGCGCUGAGUCAGUGACGGAGGAGAAGUUCACCAUCCUCUUCGAGUCGCAGUUCAGCGUCGGUGGCAACGAGUUGGUCUUCCAGGUGAAGACGCUGUCCCUGCCGGUGGUGGUGAUCGUGCAUGGCAGCCAGGACAACAACGCCACGGCCACCGUGCUCUGGGACAACGCCUUCGCGGAGCCCGGCCGCGUGCCCUUCGCCGUGCCCGAAAAAGUGCAGUGGCCGCAGCUCUGUGAGGCACUCAACAUGAAGUUCAAGGCAGAGGUGCAGAGCAGCCGUGGGCUGACAAAGGAGAACUUAGUGUUCCUGGCACAGAAGCUCUUCAACAGCACCAGCUCCCACCUGGAGGAUUACAGCAGCACCACGGUGUCCUGGGCCCAGUUCAACCGGGAAAAUCUGCCUGGGAGGAACUACACCUUCUGGCAGUGGUUUGACGGUGUGAUGGAGGUGUUGAAGAAGCAUCUGAAGCCUCACUGGAAUGACGGGGCCAUUCUGGGCUUCGUCAACAAGCAGCAGGCGCAUGACCUCCUCAUCAGCAAACCCGAUGGCACCUUCCUGCUGCGCUUCAGUGACUCGGAGAUCGGCGGCAUCACCAUCGCGUGGAAGUUCGACUCCGCUGAGAGGAUGUUCUGGAACCUGAUGCCUUUCACCACCAGGGACUUCUCUAUCCGCUCGCUGGCCGACCGCCUCGGGGACCUCAGUUACCUCAUCUAUGUGUUCCCCGACCGGCCCAAGGAUGAGGUCUUCUCCAAGUACUACACGCCGGUUCUCUGUGAGUCCACGCCAGCUAAAGCUGUGGAUGGGUACGUGAAGCCACAGAUCAAGCAAGUUGUGCCAGAGUUUGUGAGCGCAUCAGGUGACGCCGUCCCUGGGGGGGGCACCUACAUGGACCAGGCUCCGUCGCCGGCCGUCUGCUCUCACCCUCAUUACAACAUGUACACGCAGAACCCCGAGACCGUGCUGGACCCUGAAGGCGACUUCGACCUGGACGACACCAUGGACGUGGCCCAGCACGUGGAGGAGCUGCUGCGGCGCCCCAUGGACAGUCAGUGGAUCCCCCACGCCCAGUCGUGACCGGCGGCCACGCGGCCCCACGUUGGCCCCCAGCGCUGCGGGGACUGUGCCGUGUUUGUGUCUCUGUGCCCAACCGGGGGGCAGGCGGCCGUGGGGGGGUUCUCGCCCCACAGAUUUGCUCUGUGCUGUCCCCAAAUGCAGGGUGGUGUCCAGCUCUUUGAUGUUUAUGCCCUUGUAUAAAAGGCAGCGGAUUUGUCGCAUGGUUUUUCCUGUAUGUUCCUUUUACACGGCCCAGCUUCGGCUUUCCGCUUCUGCUCGCGCUGGUGCUGCCUCACUCCCCGCAGCCUCGGGGGGGGCCGGGGAGGCCCGGCCACGGGUUCGCUUUCUGCAGCCGCCACUAAGGAUGUACGUGUGCGCAUCGGUGUUCUAUCGCGGUGACGCCGUUCCGCGGGCGGGGGGUGGCAGUCUGCGGUGUCGGGGUCCCCUCCGGGUCCCCAUCUCGUCCUCUGCCCCCGAGGCUGCGGGGAGUCCUCACGGCCCCGGGUGCGUCCCCUGGUCCCCUCGGCACCACUGCGGGGGGGGGAACGGGGGGGAGGAAGAAGCGCAGCGAGUGGCGGGCGAGGAGGCGACGGAGGCGGAAGGGGGCCCUCUUCCCCCGGCCCGUUCCAUCCGUGUCCCAGAACCUCUGGUUCCCUGGCGAUGUUAUUUUUCUACCACAGAGUAAAUAAAGCACGGACUAUUUUUGUAACACAAAAGCUCUGGGUUUCACGUGUGUCUCGGGGAGGGGGCAGCUCCCGGCCCCGCUCUGCCUGGGGGAAGAGGCCCCUCACCCGCACCCGUCGGGCUGGGGUCGGGGCAGGAGGCUCGGGAGCUGCAGGCAUUGCCCCGGGCCAAAGUAAAGCAAACCGAAUUCCGCUGGUUUUUUUGUUUGUUUGUUUGUUUUGUUUUGUUUUGUUUUAUUUUUUAAUAAAAGGACCGCCCCGUUCCGAGCGGUGCACACCGGG